CAUUAAUUGGGUGCUUGCUAGGUGCCAGUCCUUGUGCACAGCACUUUUUCAUGGAUUUUCUCAUUUAAUCCUCACAGCAACCUAUGAGUUGACAAUGCCAUGGAUUGUCUAUUAGAGUUAUCUGCCACUGAUGCCAAGAUAGAAGAAUCGUCUUCACAAAGCUCUGCUGCUUCUGAGACCCAUGUAAGUGCAGCAGGAAGUGAAAUAAUGGAAAAGCAUCCUCCUGAAGAAGAGAGUGAAGAUUCAAAAAUGGAUUCGUUUUUGGACAUGCAGCUAACUGAAGACUUGGAUUCCUUAAUACAGAAUGCUUUUGAGAAAUUGAAUUCUUCUCCUGAUGACCAAGUGUUUUCAUUUUUGCCUUUGCAAGACGUUAAUAGUUUUAAUGACCCGAGUGAGUUUAUAAAUUCAGAUUCAGGUAGUAUGACUCCCAUUCUUUCUACACAAAAUGUGGAUUUGAACAAUGAAAAUUUAGAGAAUUCUGCGUCUACAUUAAGUUCAAACCCAUUACCUUCACAUUCAGAUGUGAAUGAAUCCAAACGUUUUAUGAAGGAUAAAACAUUGACUUUGGAAGGUAACUACCCAGAAGAAUCUCUUCUCAGUAGUUCUUUAAAUCUAGCAAGUGACUCUAUUGUGGGUUGUAGCAAUUUCAAUCAAGAUCAGAAAGAACUUUUAGAAUCUGAAUGUGUUGAGGCACAGUUCUCUCAAGCUCCUGCAGAUUUGGAUGCCAGCGAACCUCAGGCUCUUUUAAACCUUCCAGAGCUUGAUUUACCAGAUACAGGUGGGGAUCAGAAAUCUACAUCCGUCUCUGAUGUGUUUGUACCUUCCGAAGGAUUUAAUUUCAAGCCGCACAAACAUCCUGAACUGCCACCAAAGGUGAAGGAUGUGAAUUACUGCCCAGUACUUACCCCUCUCCCUUUACUGCUGCCUCCUCCUCCACCUCCGCCACUGUGGAAUCCAAUGAUUUCUGCUUUUGACCUCUUUCAAGGAAACCAUGGCUUUGUAGCUCCCAUUGUAACCACAGCUGCACACUGGAGACCUGUCAACUAUACAUUUCCACCCUCAGUUAUUUCUCACACUUCCCCAACAAAGGUAUGGAGAAAUCAGGAGGGAACAAGUGCUUAUCAAGUACAAGAAACUCCAGUUUCUCAGGUUAUAAGAAAGAAGACAUCUUACAUUGGACUAGUUCUUGUUCUUCUCAGAGGGCUUCCUGGAUCAGGAAAAUCUUUUUUGGCAAGGACUUUGCAAGAGGAUAACCCAAAUGGAGUCAUUCUUAGUUCUGAUGAUUAUUUUUACAUAAAUGGACAGUACCAGUUUGAUGUAAAGUACUUAGGAGAAGCACAUGAAUGGAACCAGAAUCGUGCAAAAGAAGCAUUUGAGAAGAAGGUAUCUCCUAUUAUAAUAGAUAAUACAAACCUACAGGCAUGGGAAAUGAAGCCAUAUGUUGCUUUGUCUCAAAAACAUAAAUAUAAAGUCCUUUUCCGGGAACCGGAUACAUGGUGGAAGUUCAAACCAAAGGAACUUGCAAGGCGUAAUAUUCAUGGGAUAAGCAAAGAAAAAAUAACAAGAAUGUUAGAACACUAUCAACGUUUUGUUUCAGUACCAAUAAUCAUGAGUUCUUCGGUUCCAGAGAAAAUUGAACGUAUUGAGUUGUGUGCAUAUUCUUGUGAGGACAGAAGUACUAGCCCAAGAGUCAAUGAAGAUAUUACCUCUGAAAAAGAAGAUAAUGUUUUAUCCUCCUCUUUGAAGCACCUAGAGUUAAUUGAAGAGAAGAAUCUUGAAGUGAUUAAAGAAGCUGUGUUAUCUGAGAAUGUAAAGUAUCUCCCUGAUGCAGAUUUAAACAAAGGAGGAAAAGAAUUAAGUGGUAUGAAUCAAAACACUCAGAGUGCUUUUGUUGAGGAAGCUCCACACAUUUAUUUUUCUGACUCUGAAAGCAAAGUACGAGCAACAGACAAAAGCAAAAAAGAGCAAGUAGAAAUGGUGUCUGAAAAAGAGUAUAAUAGAACCGAUGCAGAUAGUUCUGUAGAGGGAGUAUCACCAAGUAUUUGUUAUGGUGAAAAUGAUCAGGAAGACUAUGAUCAUGCAAGUACUGUACCACUUCAAUAUGAAAAAUCUUCACCUGGUGAAAUAUUGGAAGAAGGAGCAACAGUAAAGAAAAAAGCCUUUGGGAAACAAAAAAGCAAAUCAGGUUUGGAAAAGUUCCCAAGACAAGAGCUAUCAAAUUUUGUUGGUGACUGGCCAGUUGAUAAGACUAUUGGUCAGAGGACAAAAAGGAACCGAAAAACUGAAAAAGCAUCAUCUGUACAAAGUGACAAAAACUAUAGUUAUCCUCAGUCAUGCGAAGUAUUAGAUAAUAGUGUAUCUGUGAAUAUAGAUCGUAUCCAGCAACGAGGAUCUCCACAUGAGAGUGUAGAGGAUGACAAGAAGUCACAGUGUGAUGUUUCAGAGUUCCUCAGUAGCUAUAGAUAUGAAACUUAUAAAAAUAAUGAAAAAAACUCAUUCAGCAUUGUGGGUGACUGGCCUUCAUCUGAUUCUUUAGUUCAGAGAGAGCACAGAUCAAGAAUGCCAAAGCCUGGUUUAAAUGAACCCAACCUAGAAUUUGGAACUAAUGACAAUAUGAAUGAAAUAUCCUUGUACACAGCACAUGAGGCCUGUUGGGGCACAAGCCCUAAAAAACUAACAACAUUGGGUAGCUCCACUCUAGGAAGUUCUGAAAUGCUACCCAGUGAAAUGACCCAUGAGAAUCAGACAUGUUUAAAUAAAAAGAUUUAUGGGGAACACACAUUGCCUCUUAAUUUUACCAAUUGUGCACCAACUACUCCUGGACUAGUAGGACAACAAACUUUAGCGGAAUUUCCAGAGGGACUACCUGAAGGUGUCCCUAGACUAGAAGUAGUCAUGUGUACCCAGACUGAACCACAGGAUUUUGCACUCUUAUGGAAAGUAGAAAAGAAUAAAAUUAGUGUUUCAGAUUCUUUGAAAGUAUUAACAGGAAGAUUAAAUGGAUUUAAGCCGAAAGCUUUCAACAUUAACACAAAAUCAGAUGUUCAAGAAACAAUUCCAUAUAGGGUAAUGUAUGAUAAAAGCACAUAUGUUGAAGAAAGUGAGCUUACCAGUGCUGAUGAAUCUGAAAAUCUUAAUAUUCUUUGUAAACUGUUUGGAUCCUUUUCAUUAGAAGCCCUAAAAGACUUAUAUGAGAGGUGUAAUAAAGAUAUUAUUUGGGCCACAAGCCUUUUGUUGGAUUCUGAAACUAAAUUAUGUGAGGAUACUGAAUUUGAGAAUUUCCAAAAGUCAUACGAUGACUCACAAAUUGGACCACUUUCUCUGGGCUUGAAUUUGAAAGAAGUUAUUAGCCAAAGAGGAACUUUAGAGGAUUCUAAUCCCUCUCUGCCAGAGUUUAGCCAUGGAAUUGUUAUCAGUAACACUAAUGCACAGUCUACCUGUGAUGCAGACGAGGAAAACUCAGAGCAGGCAGAAAUAAGAGCUAUAAGUCCUGAAGAACCUGGAUUAAUAACAAGAAUAUUUUCUCAUGCUGCUAUAGAUGUAAAGAAUAAUAACGAAGCACUUUCUAAGAGUCAGGCAGAACUUUCAGGUUUGUAUGGCAUUAAGCAGUCUUUUCCAAAUAUUCUAAAAGCUACCAUCCCUAAAAAUGUGAGUGAAAUGGAGAAGAAUGUAGUAGCCACAGAAACUGGAGACAGUGUACAUUCUUCUUUAAAUUUGUCUGAUGUUUUAAACUCUGUUUCGAGUACUUCGAAUCUUGAAUUAAAUGAAAAAAUUGAUUUUAAUGACUCUUUUGAAAUAAAGAACAAUGAAAAUCUUCCAAAGGAUUAUGUGAAAUUUCCAAACACAGAAGAGCUUAUGAAUGAAGAUGAACAAGAAAUGGAGAAAAUUCUAAUGGCAGAGAAUAGUUUGUCAGCUGGAGUUAGUGAAGAAGAUAAAAGUGAGAUACUGAAUCCCGCACCAGUGGUGGCCAAAUCUCUGACCAUAGACUGUCUGGAACUGGCAUUACCCCCUGAACUGGCUUUUCAACUCAAUGAAUUAUUUGGUCCUGUUGGUAUUGAUUCAGGGUCUCUAACAGUUGAGGAUUGUGUGGUUCACAUAGAUUUGAAUCUGGCUAAAGUGAUUCAUGAGAAAUGGAAAGAAUCCGUAAUGGAGCGCCAAAGACAAGAAGAGGUAUCCAGUGGCAAGUUUUUGCAAGAUUCUUCCCUGGUUGGACAUAUUGGUGUUGACAAUCCUGAGCAAAAAUCAUCUCAGAGAACUGGCAGAAGAUUAGUGAAGACUUUAGCAGCACCUGAUAUGCUACCCUUAUUGGAUCAUUGGAAUACUCAAACUAAAAAAGUAUCACUCAGAGAAAUAAUGUCAGAAGAAAUUGCCUUACAGGAAAAACAUGAUUUGAAAAGGGAGACACUUAUGUUUGAAAAAGAUUGUGCCACUAAACUAAAGGAGAAACAACUCUUUAAGAUAUUUCCAGCUAUUAACCAAAAUUUUCUGGCAGACAUUUUCAAGGACCACAACUAUUCUUUAGAACAUACAGUGCAGUUUCUAAACUGUGUUCUUGAAGGAGACCCUGUAAAAACAGUUGUAGCACAAGAGUUUGUUCACCAAAAUGAGAAUGUCACUUCUCAUACUGCCCAGAAGUCUAAAGACAAAAAGGCAAAGAAAUCAAAAGAGACUGAAGAUACACUAAGUGAACAGUCUUUCCAGGAUUUUGAGUACCCAGAGUAUGAUGACUACAGGGCAGAGGCUUUUCUGCACCAACAGAAGAGGAUAGAAUGCUACAGCAAGGCAAAAGAAGCUUAUCGGAUGGGGAAAAAAAAUGUCGCCACCUUUUAUGCCCAGCAGGGUAGUCUUCAUGAGCAGAAGAUGAAAGAAGCCAAUCACCUCGCUGCGGUGGAGAUCUUUGAGAAAGUCAAUGCCUCCCUGUUGCCACAGAAUGUUUUAGACCUUCAUGGACUACAUGUGGAUGAAGCUAUAGAACAUUUGAUGACAGUUUUGCAGCAGAAAACUGAAGAAUUUAAGCAGCGUGGCGGUAAGCCCUAUCUUUCUGUGAUUACGGGGAGAGGAAACCACAGCCAGGGAGGAGUUGCUCGCAUCAAACCAGCUGUUAUUAAAUACCUCACAAGCCAUAGCUUCAGGUUCUCUGAAAUUAAACCAGGGUGCUUGAAAGUCAUGCUAAAGUAAAAUAGAUGUCCUUGACUUAGAAGUAUGAAGGAAGGAAGACAUGCUGUUGUACUUUCUUCUGCUUUGUGCUCGUAUGUGAUCUUGAUCUCUUACCUUUUGUUCAAGUCUUCUAUGUAUAUAUAUUUUCUGGGAAGAAAGUUGGGUCUGAGAUUAUAUUGCAGUUUUAUACCUUCCAUAAGCAGAAAAGUUUUCAGAGAAGGAAAAAUGGUUAGAUAUGUACCAAGUGUUGCUGCCUUAUAGAACUGCUCCUAGAACUGUGUGCAUAGUACUGAAUGGCUAUAUUUUUUAUUUGAGACAUACAAUUUCUAUACUACAGAAGGCCAAAGUCUUAUUAACUUAAAACAGAUGUAGAAAAACAUUUUUGAUACAAUCAUAAAAGGAAUCUUGCAAAUUAAAAGAUUUUUACCUUUAUUUUGAUAAAGAGCCAACUUUCUGAAAGAAAACUUUCAUUGAUUUCUGUCGUUUGUUAGGUAUUACCUCCUGUUAGUAUGUAAAUUAUAAUUUCCUUUACACAGGUUUAAUGUGGUAAGUGUAAUUUUUCAGUAUGAGACAAUGGCUUAAAUAAAUAUAACUUGACAUAUGGAGAAUAUUUACAGCAUAUAGAAUUUUAGCAAACAAUUGUGUUGCUCUUAAGCUUAAAAAAUCAUUUGGAUCAGGAAUUAUAGGAUUGAGCUGUGUUAAUGAAAGAAUCUUGAACUACAGAAUGGUUUCCCAAAAGAGCAAACAUUUUA